AUGGAUGUAGAUAUGACGUCCGCUCCACCGUUGAAAUUCGGGUCGUCCUCUGGCACUAACGCAGCUGUGGCUCCGGGCGAUACAUCCGCGACCAUCGUCACUUCCUCGAUCGCAUCAGAAGCGGUUCCAGAUACGGAAGCAGAGGAGAUAUGGAUACACCUAUUAUAUUCGUGGCAGGGCAAGGCCUUUGAGCUUCAUAUUGCGGAGUCCGAUCGUGUAUACGACCUGAAGGUCAUGUUGUUUAGUCAAACAAAUGUACCGCCAGAGCGUCAAAAGAUUCUAGGAUUGGUGAAGGGAAAGUUGCCACCCGAGGACGCGCGAAUGGGAGAUCUGAAGCUAGUGAGCGGAAAGAAGUUCUCUCUGGUUGGAACGCCCGAAGGGCACGAAUUCAAGGAUCCCUCCCAGAUCGACUGGCUGCCCGAUGUCACAAACGACCUUGACGUCGACUUCUCGGCUAACUCGGCUGCUGCCGUUGCGUACCAGCGUGAUCUACGCAACGCGCGCAAAGUCAAAGAGGCGUCUGAGGCGCUCAGGGGCCACGUUAAUCUUAUGCAUCCUCUCAGAGAAGGAAAGAAACUACUCGUACUUGACUUAGACUACACCAUUCUCGACACGAAGCCCUUGACAAGCGGAAGUCUUCCACCUUCUGAAUGCGCCCGCCCUGGUUUGCACGAGUUCCUUGAAGCCGUAUACCCGCAUUACGAUAUUGCCAUCUGGAGCCAGACCUCCUGGAUUUGGCUUGAGACAAAGCUCGUUGAGUUAGGAAUGGUCGGACAAGGCCGACCGUAUGAGAUCUCGUUCGUUCUCGACAAGAAGCCCAUGUUCACUGUCUUCUCGGCCGAUCGUAAAGACAAAGAUGGCAAACCCUUCGCUCACCAUGUCAAAGCACUCCAGAUUAUAUGGAACUUGUUUCCGCAGUUCAACGCGCGCAAUACCCUGCAUGUCGAUGACCUGUCUAGAAACUUUGUUCUCAACAUGGGCAAUGGCAUCAAGAUACCCGCCUUCAAAGACGUGUCUACUUCGGCGGCUGCACGUUCUGACCGCGAGCUAGAGCGUCUGGCUCGGUAUCUCUUGCACGUAGCGUCCGCAGAGGAUGUCUCUGUGCUGAACCAUAAGGAUUGGCGCAAGAUUAGUCACCAAUUAGGAGGUGGUUCAGCAUAA